AUGGCGCGGGCGCCGCCGCCGUCGGGGCCGGGGUCGGGGCCGGGGCCGGGGCCGGGGCCGGGGUCGGGGCCGGGGUCCCGGGGCCGCUCCCGGGGCCGCCCGCAGCGCUACCGGCGCCACCCCAAGCCGCCCUACUCCUACCUGGCCCUCAUCGCCCUCGUCAUCCGCGCCGCCCCCGGCCGCCGCCUCAAGCUCGCCCAGAUCAUCCAGGAGAUCAGCAGCCUCUUCCCCUUCUUCGCCGAGGGCUACCAGGGCUGGAAGGACUCCAUCCGCCACAACCUCUCCUCCAACGCCUGCUUCGCCAAGGUGCUGAAGGACCCGGCCAAGCCCAAGGCCAAGGGCAACUACUGGACGGUGGACGUGAGCCGCAUCCCGCCGGAGGCCCUCAAGCUGCAGAACACGGCCGUGGCGCGGCGGCAGGCGGCCGCCUUCGCCCGCGACCUGGCCCCCUUCGUGCUGCGGGGCUGGCCCUACGGCUGCGGCGCCGGGGGGGGGACACCGGUGCCCCCCCCCCCCGAGCCCCCCGGCGGCAGCCGCGGGACCCCCCGGCACAGCUCCGGCUUCUCCAUCGCCUCGCUGCUCCGGGACUUCCAGCGCGGCGACGAGCCGCCACCGCCGCCGCCGUCGGGUGCCCCCCGGGCAGCGGUGGUGGCGGCGGCGGGGGGGUCCGGGCCGCCCCCAGCCCCCCCGGGAAGCCCCGGCGGGGCGGCGGGCUGGGGGCAGCUGCCCACGUCGUACAGCACGGCCGUGGCCCCCAACGUGGUGGUGCCGGCCGGCGGCCCCCCGCCCCCGGCCCUGCCCUGCUGCGCCUACCGGCCCGGCAGCCCCCCGGGCUGGGCGCUGGCCCCCCCCGGCGCCCCCCGCCCGCCGCCCGGCCCCGCCGCCGACCUCGACAUGCCGCCCAACAAGAGCGUCUACGACGUGUGGCUGAGCCACCCCGGCGACGCGGGGCACCCGGCGCUCUACGGCUAG